AGCUCCACAAGGAGUGUUGGCUCACCUUUAGACAAUGUUUUUGAUAAACAGGAUGGCUUGAGUAGUACUGGGUACGGUGGUAAGGCUUUCCGGCUCUUUUGCAGACCCCAACAUUCGAUGAUGAAGCGGCACUGGGCUCCGACGGCGUCGAACAGAUGUCCGUUUGUGAUGGAUAUGCCUCUUUGUGGCAGGCCUAGAAAACCUCGCCCACUGAUAUCUUCUCAUUAUGAUAUCGUUUACUUGGACCUGAUUCUCAGAAUUAUACUGAUCGUCAUGGUUAGCAUGUAGUUACUAUGGUGCACAGUUGUCUGCUUGCACUCACCA